AAAACCCUCAUUUGUCUUCGUCUUUACCUCUUCAGGUACCGACCUCUCCCAAAAAAAAAAAAAAAAUUCAUUCCUUGACGAAAAUGGCUCUCACCAGCUCGUCCAUUCUUCCCACCAAAUCCCUCCUGCAAUCUCAGCCAUCAAGGCCUUUCAUUAAAGCCAAGCCUUUGUCCGUUGUUCGAAUCUCUGCCGUUCAUUCAUCCGACUCAUCUAAGAACCCCAUCGUCUCCGAUAAGUCUGCUAAGCAGCCAGCAACUGCUCCACUCGCCGCUACCAAAUCUGCUGCUGCACCCGCCACUACUCCGCCGCAAAAUGCGGUUCCCGGGAAAUGGACCGUUGAUAGCUGGAAGUCAAAGAAGGCGUUGCAGUUGCCGGAAUAUCCGGAUCAGGCGGAGCUUGAGUCGGUUCUCCAUACCAUCGAUGCUUUUCCUCCGAUUGUCUUUUCUGGAGAGGCUCGGAGUCUCGAGGAAAAGCUCGGGGAAGCUGCCAUGGGAAACGCUUUUCUGUUGCAAGGUGGAGACUGUGCUGAGAGUUUCAAAGAGUUUAACGCUAAUAACAUUCGUGACACUUUCAGGAUCCUUCUUCAAAUGGGUGCCGUAUUGAUGUUCGGUGGUCAAAUGCCUGUUAUCAAGGUGGGAAGAAUGGCAGGGCAGUUUGCGAAGCCGAGGUCGGAACCAUUCGAGGAAAAGAAUGGAGUGAAGCUGCCGAGUUACAGAGGAGAUAAUGUGAACGGGGAUGCUUUCGAUGAGAAGUCUAGGAUUCCUGAUCCCCAAAGAAUGAUUAGAGCUUACUGUCAAUCUGCAGCUACUUUGAAUCUUUUGAGAGCUUUUGCUACUGGAGGUUAUGCUGCUAUGCAAAGGGUUACUCAAUGGAAUUUGGAUUUUACCGAACACAGCGAGCAGGGAGAUAGGUACCGAGAACUAGCUCAUCGCGUUGAUGAGGCCCUUGGAUUCAUGGCUGCGGCUGGACUUACUGUUGACCAUCCUAUCAUGACAACCACUGAAUUCUGGACAUCCCAUGAGUGCUUGCUCUUGCCAUAUGAACAGUCACUUACCAGGCUAGAUUCUACUUCAGGCCGUUACUAUGAUUGUUCUGCUCAUUUCCUAUGGGCUGGAGAACGUACUAGACAAUUGGAUGGUGCUCAUGUUGAGUUUCUGAGAGGAGUUGCUAAUCCUCUUGGAAUUAAGGUUAGUGAUAAGAUGGAUCCAAACGAGCUAGUCAAGCUGAUUGAAAUUUUGAACCCUCAGAACAAACCAGGAAGGAUAACUGUGAUCACAAGAAUGGGUGCUGAGAACAUGAGAGUGAAGCUUCCCCAUCUAAUUAGGGCAGUCCGCCGGGCUGGGCAAAUUGUCACUUGGGUUAGUGAUCCUAUGCAUGGAAACACCAUAAAGGCUCCUUGCGGUCUCAAAACUCGUCCAUUCGAUUCCAUAAGAGCUGAAGUGAGAGCUUUCUUCGAUGUGCACGACCAAGAAGGAAGUCAUCCUGGAGGAGUUCAUCUAGAGAUGACCGGCCAAAAUGUGACAGAGUGCAUUGGUGGAUCACAGACUGUUACAUUCGAUGACUUGAGUUCCCGCUACCAUACCCACUGUGACCCUCGGCUUAACGCGUCACAAUCUCUUGAGCUUGCCUUCAUCAUCGCAGAGCGGCUUAGAAAGAGGAGGAUCAGCUCACAGCAGCCUCUGGUCACAGGCGUAUAGAGUGACCGCUAGCCCUCUAAUAUGUUUGUUCUUUUUUUUUUUUUUUUCGCUGAAGUUUUUACUUGCACUUUGUUAGUAUUAUAUAUGUAAAACAAACUUUGGGAUUCUUGAGUUAUGUCCUGUAUUGUAUCCGUGCAUACCGGUAGAAAAAAGACGGCUUCGAGAGGAAUAAAAAAUUAAGCUAUGAAUGAAUUCUAAGAUUGUUGACAUCAAA